ACGGAUACGGGAUCCGACACUCUUUCUGUGUCUGACAUUCUUCAACAUCUUCGGUUUAUUGUUACCAAUACAUAUCUAUAUACAGCGGAUGGCCUUGUUCAUAAUCAAGACGUGGGUAUUCCCAUGGGUACAAACGCUGGUCCUGAGAUUGCUAACCUCACACUCUAUUGGGAUGAGGCGCAGUACGUGGGCAACCUGCAGCGUGUGGAUCCCUCUGCAGCUCUUGCCGAUAUGUUUUCACUUAUCGGCGAGCAGCUGGAGUUCCUUUUGGAUGCAGUGGGAAAUAGUGGGAGGGAAAAGCGGCACUUGGUGAAGCAAAUGAAGUUUCUGAAGAAACUGCAAGCAACCCAAGAAGCAUUGGCGGCAAAGAAACAGAUUGGAAAGAGAGAUGGUGGAGGCAUGGAGGAGGGAAGAAGGUGGAAGGGAUAUGGCGGAGAGAUGGUGGAGGGGAUACGGCGGGAGGAGAGAUGGAGGUGGCGGCAUGGAGGAGAGACGAAGGAGAAAGUGGAGCCAUGGAGGCAUAGAGGAGAGAUCAAGGUGGAGGCAUGGCGGCAGGGAAGAGAGAUGAUGGUGGAGGCAUGGAGGCAUGGAGGAGAGAUNGUGGAGCCAUGGAGGCAUAGAGGAGAGAUCAAGGUGGAGGCAUGGCGGCAGGGAAGAGAGAUGAUGGUGGAGGCAUGGAGGCAUGGAGGAGAGAUGAAGGUGUAGGCACGGGGGAGAGAUGAAGGUGGAGGGGAUAUGGCGAGGAGAUGGGGACAUGGCGGAUGCCAAGUCCAUGAUCGGGAACCAAAAAAAUCAAAAAAAGGUUCACGA